AUGAUAACGCCACCUCUGGAACAAGUGUUAUCCGAUAAUGCGCCCGAGCCAUAUCAUCUGGAGGCCUUUUCCGAAUUCCUGGCAUCAAGACACUGUAUAGAAAACCUCGAGUUCUACCAGAUUCUCACCGGUUUCAUGUCGCAGGGCAUGGAAACCUCGAUACCCGAUAUCCAACGCUGGAAGCUGCUGUUUCAAAACUUCAUCGUCUACGAUUCGCCUAGAGAGAUAAAUAUUCCAUGCUCCCUAAGGACGGCAGUCACUGCCGACGAAAUUCCCCGUUUGGAGACCCUUCAGGAUCUUUUGAGUACGGUCAAACUGCUGCUUCAUUCUGCUUAUCUCGAAUUCGUGUCGCAGUUUUGCUCGAAUAUGAGUUCGGGAUCACUGUCUAGCAUGGAGGAGACCAAUAGCAUUAUAUCGCCUAACAAUACGAGCAGGAACCACUCAGUUUCGUCCAAUGGCUCGGCAAAUGUGAAGGAGAGCAGCUGGAAAAAGAUGGGCAAGAAGCUCAAGUGGAGACGGAGCUCGAAUGGAUCUUUUGAAGAGACGGUGCAGAACCAGCAAGGUGAGGUGUUUACUACGAACUAG